AUGGAAAAUUUCAAUUCAAUUCCUGUAGUUAAUUAUCGAGGUAAUUAUCCUGGCCAACAAAGCUUUACAAAGACUAAUUUCGAUGAAUAUGAUAGCUCUGACUCAGAAAGUUUAUUUUCAACGAUAGGACCUACUAAUUCAGUUAAUGUUAAAACAUCAGCAAAGAAUAAAACUUAUAAUGAAAGAGACAGAGAAAAGGCAAAAAGAUAUUAUAUACAAUCAACGCUGGAGGUAAAUAUUGAUAAUCAAUACCCUGUAGAUAAUAUAGAAAUAUAUAGGCAAAAAAUUUUUCCAUUUCAACUGUCACCCAAUAUUUCUCUUGUAAGCCCAGAGGAAAAAAAAAGUAAAGGUUCUAGAAUUUCCAAAGUUUGGCAAGCUCUAUCAAAUUCCGAACCAUCAAUUAUUGGUAUUGUAAGAGGAAAGGGAUAUGUUUAUACUCUUCCGGAGAGCAUAGAUUUAUUAUUAUUUAUUACGUUUUCUCUUUUAUUCAUGAUGAGCAUUCUUUUUUUUAAUUCUUCAGGAAAUGUCAAACAUUCAAUUUAUAAUAUGUUGUCACAUCAAACAUUCAGUUUUCAAUCUUCUUUAGAAUCUGAAUGUCUUGGCCUUCCUGAUAAAAAUGGGCUAAGUAGCUAUUAUCAGGUUUACUCUAAAAAUUUUACGCAAUAUAUUAUGGUGCCUAAUAAAGAUAUUUUCUUUAGUUCAUUGAAUGAAAACGUUGUGUUUCCAUGCGGAAGAGGAACAAUAAAGGAUGUUGCAACUAUAGCAGAUUAUUUGAGAUGGAUUGCAUUAGUAUUAUUUCCUUCAUUAAUUGAUUUCAAAGGAACAAUGAAUUCAGCACUUACAAGCAUUGUAAAAAUUACAACACAAUUUAAUAAUGGAACAGAAUCUGAAUUAGAAUACGUCCAUAAUAAAGGAGUUUUAAAAGGAAAUAAUAUGUAUAUAUAUCCUUAUGACACUGAAUCUGCUCUUGAAUUUUUGGACAAUAUUGUAGAAAUGAAUUAUUUUAAUCAAUCUGAGGUUUCAAGUAUCAAUACUCGUUUUUUCGUUUAUAAUCCUUUUAUUGGAAUAAAAACAUCAGUUAUUAUUAGUCUUGGAAAUUCUUAUAUUACUGGUUAUUAUGAUUCAAAUCUUGAUGUAAGAUCUUUAUUGAUAAAGACAAAUUCAUAUUCAUAUAUUUUUAUGGCCCUUGCACUUAUUUCUGGAUUCUUUGGUUUCUUUAGACUCUUUACACAUAAAGAUGUUAUAUUAUCUCCAUUAAUGACAAUGAAAAGUUCAAUGAACCGAAUGUUUGCAUUGCUAUCUUCUUUACUAAUAAUUACUUCUGUAAUUACAUAUAUGUGUAUUUUUAUUCCAAUAAAUUGGUUAUGGACUGAAGAUAUUUCUUUAAAAUACUCUAAAAUUUCCUCAAUACACGAUGAUGGAUUAGAUUCCAAUUUUAUGCAACAAUCAACUCAUUUCGAAUAUCUAGCUGCUUGCGAUAUUCUAUUCAGAACUUCGGCUAGUACAAGUCUGAUAUUCUCACUUUGGGAAUUUUUCUGGUUUUUAUCGAUUAAAAUAUCUCGAAAGCAUGCUACCUCAAUUACCGUUGUCGUAAAGAAAGUGACUUUUCCUAUAAUUAUUGGGGCAAUGUUGUUCUUAUUCUUUAUUUACAGUUAUGCAUUGGUGGGUUUAAUUUUGCUUGGAGAAUACACAUCUGUGUAUUCUACGGUUAGUUCUACGUUAUUCCAUAUGUUAUUAUUAAUUAUAGGAAAAACAGAUGAAAUUUGGAUGUUAUUAAAUGAAACAAAAAUCUUUGCUGGAUUUUUUUUUAUACCUAUUAUUUGUAUUUUUGGAUUUAUCUUACCUAGUUAUAUUUACGCUUUAUUUUGCCAUAUAUACAACUCGACGAUUGAUACAGUUGAAUGGUGUUGGGAUAAUUGUACCAAAGAUCUUAAAAUAAAUAUUCAAUCUUCACCAUGGUAUAUAGAAGAGAAUUCAAUUUAUGAAGGGGAUUCUCAAGAAAAUCAUGAUUUGUCUAGAAUAAAAGCAGACGAUUUAAAAAAUGGAAACGACUCUCAAGAAGUAAAUAUAAUUAGUUACGGAAAUAAUCAGAUAAACGAUUUAUUUUUUGUCAGAGACAGAUAUUCAAAUUUUAUGGCUCAGUCAACAGUCUUUGAAAGGCUCUAUGAAAUUUUUUUUUCAAGAAAAAAAUACUUAACUUUUAAGCAAAAGAAAGAAAUUGAAAUGAGCAAAUUUGAUUCAUAUGAACAGACCAGAAAAAUCUCGAGCUUAAACACAGUUGGUGCUAAUAACUUAGAUAAAUCUUUGUCAAACUCAGUAAAUAAUAAUGGAGCAAAUACAAGGAAUGAACUUAUUAAACAUCAAAGCCAGAGUGAAAUUUUAAACGGAAAUGAGUAUGGCACACUAGUUACGAGGUCAAUACAUGAGUAUUAUUGGUCUAUUUUCAAUUAUGGUAAGGCAAUUUUUUCAAAUCCAGGAACUAUUUCAAAUUAUGAAAAUAACAUCUCGAGUACUAGCCAACAGUUAAUGUAUAGAAUGGUCGGAACAAUGGAGGCUUCUGUUGAUAUGACACAGUUCUUAAUUUCGAAAAGCAGAGAUUCUGAUUAUUCGAAUUCUAUAGGUUUAAAUGAUCAAAACGGACUUCCUCUUUUAGUUGGUAAUGUAAUGGCUGACUCUCCAUGCCCAAAUAUGGAAAAUCUAUUAACUUUUACAGAAAAAGUCAACAAAAUAGGAGAAAGUAUUUGGUUUGGGGUUUUGUUGAUUUUUAUUUUAAUUAUUAUAAUAAUUUUGAGUAUUUUUGAGUUUAGAAAAGGUAUUUUGGGCGAUGAAAUCAAUUCAGUUUCUUGGAAUCAAUUUCAAACUGAUGUUAAUAUAAAUAUGAUGAAACCAGUUUUUGCAACUGGUGAGUUUGACUUCAUUAGAUCAAAAACUCCAACAAAGUUCAUUUUAAAUCCUGUAAGACUGAAUUUAUCAACUUCUGUAACCCCCAAUGAAAUUUCAUAUUGGAUUUCAAUGUCGUCUUUAAGAGUGAUAUUUAAUUCAACAUCAGAAUAUCAAUACAAAGUAAUAUUUCCGAAUCUUAAAAGUGGAAUCCCUGAUCCAAAAAUAAUAUUUGAUCAGAAUUUACUUUACAACGGGGGAGCCCAAAUCGGAGUUGUAUUAAGAGUCGUCACAAUAACUGAAAAUAGAACGGCAGACAGAUACAUCGAUGGGUCCAGUUCUGCUGACGAAUUAUUUAGGAUGGUAGGAAUAGCAGACAAUUUUUUUCAUUCGUAUGAUGAUAAUGACAAAAAACUAACCGAAGAAUUAAAGAUGGAAUUAAUUGAAAAGGGAAUUGAUGACUAUCCGUUUUUUUAUAAAAAAGUGUUGCCUUUAGAUGACUAUUCAACCUAUUUUGAAAAUAUUUAUUCAAACAUUUAUGAACUACUGCAUUACCCGAAACUUGUAUAUUUGGAAGUUUUAUUACCAUCACUACUGAUAGAAGACCAAUCAUUUAAUUAUGUAAGAAUUGUAUUAACUCGAGAUAUAUCGGGAGGAAUUAGCAAAAAGCCAUUAAAUGUUUUACUCAGUACAAAAAAUAGUCAAUUUGAUUUAUAUUUCAAGAUUUCACUUGAAAUUGUAAUUUUAUUAUUAAUAAUUGGUUAUUCAGUUGUUUUUUCUUUAGAAUGCAAGAAGUUUAUUAAGAUUUACAGAAAUUCUCCCGAAUCUACUGGAAGAAAAACAAGAUCAGCACUUUUUUGUUUCUUCAACUAUAUUUUUACAGAUUUAUCACGUGCUCAUGAUUUAGUCAUAAUUAUAAUGAUAAUUGUCAGGUCAGCAGUUUACUUCUCAAUAUUUUACUAUACAAUGGUAUUAUUUAAAUCUGAACUGAAUACUAACGACUUAGAUAUGGUUUAUGAAUUAUCAGUAAAACUUUCGUACAUUAAUGCUUCAAUUAUUUGGAUUUUUGUUUUACGACUAUUUGGGCAAUUCUCUUCUAUUUCAAGCAAUUUUAGGUUCCUUGUAUUUUCUUACAGACGGUCAUUUUUACCUCUAUUUUUAGUAUUCAUUUUUUUGGCUUUGCAAUUUAUUGGAAUCUUAGUUGUGAUUUUCAUUAACUUUUCAAGCUGUAAUGGUGAAUUUUCAGACUUUUUUGGGGCCAUUUCUUCAACAAUGAGUUUAUUUGUCGGGAAUUUUGACUUUUAUGAAGCAUAUGAAUGUUCCAGCAAUCUAACCACUAUUGUGUUAGUUCCACUGUUGAUAGCUGUUUAUUAUAUUAUUAUGCCAGUUCAGACUGUUAUUAUAUUAAGAAGUCUUUGGCUUUCAAAGAAAGAAUCUACAGACAUUGACAGGAUUUUUAAGAUAGUAGUGGAAGGUAGAAAUAAAAGAAACUCCGAUGAAUAUAAAAAGUACAUUAAACAUAUUACUGGUAUGAAUGCACAAAUAAGUGAACGUGAAAUAUGGGAUAAUGCUGGGAUAGAUUAUGAUGAAGAUGACCCAAUAGAUAGAAAGAUGUACGAAAGAAAAUAUGAAAAUGAUGUUUCAAAAGUUGAGAUACCGCCUCCAAAAAUUGCUGAACUUACUGAUGAACAAUGGGACGCAUCACCUGACUUUAUAAAAGAGUGGGCUGAAUAUGAAGCCGAAAGUUUUAUAGAUAGAUUUAGAUGUUUAGAAAAUGAAUUUAAAAUGAAUACAAGCUCAACAGGAUAUUAUUCACAGUUUGUUUUCAAAUGGGAAAAUUCUGUUUAUAAAGAGUUGCAACUCCUUGAAGUCACAACAAACGAGGCAGAACAACUACUAAAAAGAUUACAGAGGGCUAUAAAGGGAACUGCAAGUAGAGUAAGAAUUAGUCAAGCGCUUCAGACAAAUAAUCUAGAAGCUGUGAUUAGAGAAAAAGAAGAAGAGAGAGAAUCAAAAAGGGCAUUGCUUAAGGCCAGGAAAAACAGAAAUAUUUAUGAUAAUAAUUAA